GCAGGGACUUGUGUAAUUUUAGGACACUGGUUACUCUCGUGUCAACAAGAACAGUCACAUCAGGAUUCAGCAGUCACAAGGAAGAAAUACACAAUGCUGUCUGCUCUCGUUGCUAAAAGACUGGUAAGCGGGGUAUGCCAGGCAUCAUGGAGACCAGCUGUGGCAGAACUAAUGACUACACGGGGUUACAAAGGAGAGGCACCUGAUGACUCUAGGGGUGACCUAAUUGAGAUCCCCCUGCCCCCCUGGACAGAGAAGGAUGGCGAGACCAUGGACAUCAAGAGACGGCGCCUGCUCUUCCAAAGCCGAAAGAGGGGCAUGCUGGAGAAUUGCAUAUUGCUCAGCCUGUUUGCCAAGCAAUAUCUUAAUACAAUGAGCGAGCCCCAGUUAAGACAGUAUGACAGACUGAUCAACGAGCCUAGCAACGACUGGGACAUCUACUACUGGGCAACAGAGGCCCAGCCUGUACCUGAUGUGUACACAGGUGAGAUCAUGGACCUGCUGAAGGAGUUCACUAAGAACAGGGAUCAGGAACAGAGGCUGGACGCACCCAACCUGGAAUACCUGGACAAGGGGAGCCAGUGAAGCCUGGCUGACACAUCCCUCUCAGGGUGUUUUCAUAUAUAGUCCUCUUUAAAAUAACUGAUCUCAGGCCUCUUUAAAGUGAACUCUGGGGUUAAAAAAAAGCAAAAGAUCUCAGUUUUCUUUUGUAUUCACACUGCCCUUGCCUUUGUAUGAGGACUCAACUCUUUUGCCAGUUCACUUCACCUAUUUUGUUGUCUGAGUCCUCUUUGCAUUCACAUUGCUAUGUUUAGAAAGGAACCAAGAUCUUUUUCCAACAUUCAUUCAAUGCACUGUGGGUUUUUACAAAGUGCAGGACAAGCCAUUCCAUCAGAAUGAGUUAUCGGACAGCUAUAUAUUUUUAUUUUAUUUAACCUUUAUUUAACUAGGCAAGUCUGUUAAGAACAAAUUCUUAUUUACAUUGACGGCCUACCAUAUACCAUAUACCUACUUACAUUUUGGAAGCUAAUAGAUUGCAUUUAGUUAAAAGGUGAGACAAAAUAAUUGUAAUCAGAAGAUACCAUUAACAUGUAAAUAUUAUUGGUAACAGAAUAAAUGGCAGAAGAAUAACUGCAGAUUAAAUAAUGCCGUAAUUGAAAAUUUUACACACAUUGUAGGCUACUGCCCCCUUUUAAGAGCUAGAAUAGAUGUUGUACCCUAUGUUGUGAUUAUUACCAAGUUAUGUUGUCGUCUUCUCACACUAUUCAAACCCCACAAUCGAAUAAACAGCGUAUGAAGCUCU